GCACUGCUAGGGCUGAGACGUCCGAUCCUGGCAUGCCAUAAGAAGUCGGCUAGAAGAAGAAGAAAAAAAUAAAACCCACAUCUCAUUUGGUCGCAACCGUGCAGACUUUUCUUUCUUUCUAUCUUUUUUCACAUAUAGGAUGGUGAAGUGGUGUGGCUCUCCGCGUGGCGUCCUCGCCUCUUCUUCUUCUUUUUUCGCUCCGCCUCGUUGCGUCAAAAAGGUACACAGCACGUAUUUUUCUCUCUUGCAUUGCGCAUCCUCGCUGCGGACUUCCUUUCGCGCGGUGCACAUUGAGCACUCCAGCGACGUACACAAGUGGCGGAGUCCGGAGAAGGAAGAGGUGAGGCGACAGUUCCGCGGUGGUGUAAAGCUAGGCAGCGAGUUUGUGAAGUACCGUGAGCAGGAGGCGAUAGAGAAGCGGCUGAUCGAGGAGGACAAGUUCACGAACUGGCCGUUGGUCUACGCCUACUCACUCGGUGCAGCUCUGCUGCUCAUUGGUCUGAAUCUUGUAAUGGUUUUUGUGAAGCCCAACCCCUCCCCGGAGUACGUGCCGUACGUCGAUCCCUCUGCGACAUCCUCGGUGACGGAGAACGCUACCUCCAGCACCAGCGCCAGCUCCCGCGUGGCUACUCAUUAA